AUGACAAGCUUUCUUUCUCUCAACAAACACACAUCAGAGAUAAAAACUGGAAACGAUAGAAUAAAAAUCGAUGGUUACAAAGGUACAUGGUUUUUAUGGCAACAGAAAAAUGACGAUUUUUUUACAACAAGCACAAUUGCAAAGCAACAUGGGCUCACACUUGGACACAAAGGAGCAAGUUUGUAUCUCACGCGUAAAAGUCUUUUUACAGAUGGUAUCCUACCUGAUGUGAUCUGCAAGGCCGAAACAAACAUUGACUUGUGGCUACUUUCAGUGAUCAUUGCGUUUCCUCAUGCUGUUACACCCUGGUUGUUUAUUGUCAAGAAAUAG